GAGGAAGAAGAGAGGUACCUCCUCUCUCAUAUCAACACAAGGCGAUGCUUUACAGCUACAUUAUCUGCCAUACCUUCACUUAGCCGUGCCAUUUGGAGUGUAUUUAGAAGUUUUUAUUCCCUUUAGGAUUCGAUUCGUAAAUACUUCUUUGGGAGGUCGCUAUCCUUAGCAACAAACAAAACGCCAAAUGAACGGAGCAGCAUUCCCCUCCCCUACGGCAGAGAUGGCGGAGAUGAACCGUAUCCAGUAUGAGCUGGAGUACACUGAGGGUAUCAGCCAGAGGAUGCGCAUUCCUGAGAUGCUCAAAGUGGCCCCUCAAGCCCACGAGGACCCUAAUGUUGGGUCUCAGGAGGUCCCCCGCAGUGUCAUAAUGCAAGUUCCAGAGAGAAUUGUGAUUGCAGGAGACAGUAAUGAUGCCCAGUUCUCCAGACCCAGAGACCUGGACCUAAUCCAGUCAACACCAUUAGAAGCCCUAUCACUGAAGACUCCACCCAGAGUCCUAACUCUCAAUGAGAGGCCCCUGGACUUCCUAGAGGAGGAGCAGCGGGCGGCCCCAGACACUGAAGAAGUGUUACAGCCCCAAGGACGAGUUCGGCGGGAACGCUCAGCCAGUGAGACUGCAGCUGUCUCUCAUACCCGUCAGCCGAUGAGAAAUGAUUCAGCUGCAACCUCGUCCCCCCCAGCCACUGUCCACCCUUGCCCCACUCUCACCGAGACUGAGGAUGAGCACAACCUGUACAGCGCUAGUGGUGUUCUAUCUUUCAUCCAGUCCACUACACGUCGGGCCUACCAGCAGGUCCUGGAGGUCUUGGAUGAGAACCCUCGCAGCAAACCAUCUCUGCGAGGGGGGUCGGCUUCAAGCUCCAACCCCCUGCAUGAAUCCAGGCUUGUAUUAUCAACAUAUGAAGCUACACUGGAGGGAGGGCCUGAUGAUAUGACUGUGGUUGAUGCAACAACACUUCGACGUCAGCUCAUCAAGUUAAAUCGGAGACUUCAACAUUUGGAAGAGGAGAACAAGGAGCGAGCAAAGCGAGAGAUGAUCAUGUACUCGGUCACUGUAGCUUUCUGGCUCAUCAACACUUGGGUGUGGUUGCGACGUUAGAGCCGGCCUUCAUUUCUGCCAUCACCUUGACAGGAGAACGCACUGUCCCUCAUUCUGUGUGUCAAAUGUUAGCUAUUCGCUGCACUCAGGCCCUGUGUGAGGAAGACCUUGACACUUGUGCAAGGCCUGUUGCGCACAGGGCUGAUAUUUUGAUUUUGUUUAUUUAAUACAUGUACAGUUUUAUUUUUUUACUCCUCUCUUGUUCUGUUUAUUCUGUUUUCUCAUACUUUCUCAUGCUGUUUUUAUUAGAGACCUUCUUGCUAAAUGCUAAGCAUGACUUGUUGUAAAUAUUUGUUCCUGUCACUCAGAGCUUUGGAAAGAUCUCACCCAAAGCUACUGUACAACACAGUUUAUCAAAAGAGGAAAAUGGAGCUGUAAUGCGGAGAAGUAACAUGGUGAAUAUUUAAUGCGGAGAGAGUAAUAUGUGACAUGUACUGGGAAAUGUAAUACAGUUUAGUAAAACCACA